CGGUUUAUUUUUACCGAUAUUAAAUACUCGAUAUUGUUAAAAUGGAUAGUUAAAAAUAUCGCCUCAGAAAAAUACAAAAUGGGAAAUCUUAAUAUCGAUAGUAUCGAGAUGAGCUCAAUAUUUCUUAAUGCACUAUCCGCCAUAUUUGUUCGCGUCACUAGAGAAGUCUGGCAACGCUUAAAAUCGCUUUGUAUAGGGCCAGUUCGUCAUGUUGAGAAAUUACGAAAAAUAAGUGAAAUACACUGUAUAAAAAGGAAAAAGUGUAAAGAUUAUAUGAAUACAUUUUCGAGCUACUAACUCAGUGUGUAUUUAAUAACUACCAGGUGUUUUUAUUGUGCUCGACGGUUAUGAAUGGUUUUUUUCGGCAGACAAAACUUGCAUACAGUGUAAUGUUCGUACUCGUACCGAGCUUGUCUUCUCACGCGAGUUCGUUUUUAGUGUAUAUAGCAAGUCUAUGGACGGUCGAUGCGUGAAUAUAUUUCUAUGUGUAAGUGUGGGUGUGUACAUGUGUGUCGAUUAGUUCAGAAAAAGACUUAAAUCACCAAUAAUUUACCGGACUCGUUUCACUAGCGAGUGAAAAGUACAAGCUCUAUAAGUAAAAAUCAAAUAUGUACAUACAUGCAGGCUCAAAGUUCGGUACGGUACAGAUACGUGUGUGUGUAUACUUAAAAUAUUAAAUUGUCAGCCACAUCCUUGCAUCAUCACUGCAGGGUCACAUUUUCGCCAAUAUGUAUCAAUCUGAACUUACCAGCCAAAGCACUAAACCAAAAAGAUAAUCAUGCAAAAAAGUUUAAAAAAAAUAAAAGAAAAAAUAAAAAGAAACCUUCAAUGAAGCCUAAACGAGAUGACGACAACGAUAAACGUCAGCAGCAGCGAGCAGUGCUAUUACACCAAACGAAUGAAAAGCUACCUGAAUUAUUAAAUAUUUACCUAACAUAACCUCAAACUUGCCGCUGCAGUCGGGGAAGUCGUCAUCAGCGUCAACGUUGUUGGUGGAUAUUCUUCAACAACAACAGCUUCUUGAUUUAAUAAGCAUCGUUUGCGAAACGAAGACGCCAUGAAUGACAAAAUAAAAUCGCCAUCAACACAAAGUAGUGGUAGCGGUGCGACUGGUGCAAGCGCAUCCCCAACUGUGGCAGCCAGUUCAGUUGGCGCUACACCACCUACCGCGGGCCCACCCACACCGAACAACGGGAACGAAUCUAUUAUACAGCAAGGUGGCACUGUACCGCAUCCGUACAGCGGGCCGCCGCCUGGCGCUCUGCCAGGCUCAACUCCCGACUCAGCAACAGCUAUGUCACACUAUCACCAUUUACAUCAACAACAACAGCAGCCACAGGGGUCGCCUCUUCCACCACACAUGCAGCACCACGGUGGACCACCGCCACAACAGGGACCACUACCGCUUCCACCCGAGCAUACACCUGGUGUGAAGGAUGAAUAUGGUUCGGCACAUUUGCCACCGCCACCCGGCGUCCAACAUCCCCAUGCACAUCCAGCCUACGCGCGUUAUCACUCAGGUGAUCCCAACAUAGAUCCCUAUCGAUAUGGGCAUGCGCCCACGCAGCAACCACCUCCUGGGGGCAAAACGCCGCACCAACAACAACAGCCGCAAGGCUCUGGGGGAUCCCCGAAUCGACCCCCACAACAGCGGUACAUACCCGGUCAACCGCCGCAGGGGCCAACCCCAACCCUGAAUUCAUUACUGCAAUCGUCAAAUCCGCCGCCACCGCCCCAGCAUCGCUAUGCGAAUAAUUAUGAUACCCAGCAAGUUGCCAAUGCGGCAGCGGCUGCCGCAGCCCAACAGCAGCAUCAACAAAAUGUUCAGCAACAACCUGGAGGACCACCGCCUCCACUACCAACUCAUGGACCGCCGCCACCACAACACCAGCCGUACGGUGCACAACAGGGCGGGUGGGCACCACCCCCAAGGCCCUACAGCCCACAGCUUGGCCCAUCGCAACAGUAUAGGACACCACCACCGACAAAUUCUUCCAGAGGUCAAUCACCAUAUCCGCCAGCUCACAGUCAAAACUCAGGUUCCUAUCCAAGUUCGCCCCAACAGCAGCAGCAGGCCCAACAGCAACAACAAGCUACACAACAGACAGGUGUUACCGCUCCUGGAGCGCCGGUGCCACCACCUGGCCCCUCACAGCAACAGCAGCAGCAACAAAAUACACCGCCCACUUCUCAAUAUUCGCCGUACCCUCAAAGAUACCCAACACCUCCAGGCUUACCGACGACUGGGCCCAAUCAUCGAACUGCCUACACAACGCACCAGUAUUCCGAACCUAACCGACCAUGGCCGGGUAGCUCAUCUCCUAGUCCUGGUCCAGGCCAUCCAUUGCCGCCUGCCUCACCGCAUCAUGCACCACUCCAACAACCGCCAACGCCGCAUAGCGCUGGUGGGGGCCCGGCACCUAGCAGCAGUCCAGGGCAUGCACCGAGUCCAUCACCGCAGCCCUCGCAGGCUUCACCAUCGCCACACCAGGAGCUGAUUGGUCAAAAUAGUAACGAUAGUUCAAGUGGCGGUGCACAUAGUGGAAUGGGCUCUGGUCCGCCCGGUACACCUAAUCCACAGCAAGUCAUGAGGCCAACACCCUCACCUACCGGCUCAUCGGGCUCAAGAUCUAUGUCUCCUGCAGUGGCACAAAAUCAUCCGAUUUCGCGACCAGCGAGUAAUCAGUCAAGUAGUGGUCCCAUGCAGCAACCAGCAGUGGUUGCUGGCCCACCCCCAUUGCCACCACACGGUCUAUCGGGUGGGCCAUCAUCUCAGCAACAAUCUCAGCAGCAACAGGCUUCAAAUUCAGCAUCUUCAGCGAGUAAUUCGCCUCAGCAGACGCCACCACCAGUACCGGCGCCAAACCAAAAUGUUAACAAUAUGGCUACACCACCACCACCGCCGCAAGGGGCUGCUGGUGGUUAUCCAAUUCCGCAGCAUAUACAUGGCAGUUACAAAAUGAGCUUGCCGGGUCAAAGUCCCGGCGCGCAGGGAUAUCCUCCACAACAAUAUCCUCAAGGCAACUACCCGCCACGCCCUCAGUAUCCGUCAGGAGCGUAUGGAACUGGGCCACAACCUCCUCCAACUAGCCAGCCCGCUGGGGUCGCCAACAGCAUGCCAUCCGGCGCACAAGCUGGUUACCCUCGAUCUAUGCCUAAUCACGGCAGUGGGAGCCCUCAUUCGCAGUAUCCGCCCUAUCAGUGGGUGCCACCUUCGCCCCAACAGUCUGGACCUGGGAGUGGAUCAGGACAAAUGGGCACUGGUAUGGGAAACCACGUGCAAGGCAAGGGCACACCACCACCAGUUGGACCACCACCACCACAAAGUAGUGGUUCUCCGCGCCCUCUUAAUUAUCUUAAACAGCAUUUACAACACAAAGGCGGAUAUGGUGCUAACCCAGCCGCUCCACAGCCGCAGGGAUAUGGCAAUGGGCCGACUGGCAUGCAUCCGGCAAUGCCUAUGGGCCCACCACAUCAUAUGGGUCCGCCACAAAGUAUGGGGCCACCUACUAGCACGCCGCCUCAGUCUAUGCUAGGCGCACAGGCCGGAAGUGAUACGGAGCAUGUAUCUCAAGACAAUGGCAUAAGUUCAUCAGCGUCUUCGCCAGCCGCAGCAUUGCAUGCAGUUACCGCAGUUGUUACAACUGGACCAGAUGGUACACCGAUGGAUGAAGUUAGUCAACAGAGCACACUUUCAAAUGCGUCAGCUGCAUCAGGCGAAGAUCCACAAUGUACUACACCAAAGUCGCGCAAACAUGAUCCAUAUAACCAAAGUCAUUUAGCUCCGCCAAGCACUUCUCCGCAUCCAGUUGUAAUGCAUGGAGGCGCUGGUCCAACGGGCGAAGAUUAUGAAAUGAAUUCGCCCCCGAAUUGGCCACGUCCAGCCGCUAGUUCGCAGGUUUUCAACAGUCAUGUUCCUGUUCAACAAGAGCCAUUUCGUAGUUCUAUUACAACUACGAAAAAAUCAGACUCGCUUUGCAAGUUGUAUGAGAUGGAUGACAAUCCUGAUAGGCGAGGUUGGCUUGAUAAACUGCGUGCUUUUAUGGAGGAACGCCGUACACCAAUAACGGCGUGCCCAACCAUCUCCAAACAGCCACUCGAUUUAUAUAGGUUAUAUAUUUAUGUAAAAGAACGUGGCGGAUUCGUCGAGGUGACUAAGAGCAAGACCUGGAAGGAUAUUGCCGGUCUUCUGGGCAUUGGCGCUAGCAGUAGCGCCGCAUAUACACUUCGGAAACACUAUACAAAGAAUCUAUUGGCAUUCGAGUGUCACUUUGAUCGCGGCGACAUUGAUCCAUUACCCAUCAUUCAGCAAGUGGAAGCCGGUAGCAAGAAAAAGACAACAAAGGCAGCAUCGGUGCCAUCACCAGGAUCAUCAAACUCGCAGGAUUCUUUCCCUGCACCACCUGGUGGCGCACCGAACUCGGCAAUCGAUGGCUACACGAGCUACUCUGGCGCUGGUGCAUAUCCACCAUCUGCUGGACCGCAACCAGAUUAUGCCACAGCAGGCCAGAUGCCAAGACCACCGUCGCAAAACAAUCCGCAGGCACCUCAUCCAGGCACACAAAAUCAAACAGCUGCCACUGUUGCCGGUGAUAACAUAAAUGUGAGCAAUCCCUUUGAAGAUCCUAUUGCUGGCGGUGUGGCCGCUGGUGGUGUUGCUGUUGCUGCAGUUGGUGGUGCGUCACACGGUGCUCCUCCACCGCCCCCACAUUCACCGCACUCAGCGCCACAAUCGGGCAACCAACAUCACCAACAAGGCAUUCCAACGCAAUUGCCGCCGCCGUCGCAGCAACCACCGGCGCCACCACCACAGCAACAUGGGCCGCCGUCUACGCAGCAUGCGCGCCCUGGAACUGGAGUACCUUAUCCACAGGGUAGCUCUGGGUAUCCAACGCCUGUGUCUAGAACGCCAGGUUCUCCUUAUCCAACACAACCAGGAGCUUAUGGUCAAUAUGGUUCAAGCGAUCAGUAUAACUCCGCUGGCCCGCCUGGUCAACCUUUUGGACCAAAUCAGGGCCAAUAUCCACCCCAGAAUCGCAACAUGUACCCUCCCUAUGGACCCGAAGGGGAAGCCCCGCCAGCUGGUGCUAAUCAGUAUGGUCCCUAUGGAAAUCGACCCUACAGUCAGGCACCACCGGGCGGACCACAGCCACCAACUCAAGCCGUAACGGGUGGACCACCAGCUAGUGGAGCACCAGUAGCACCCCCAAAUAGUGGCUAUGUGCCAAGUACUCCUAAUCAGCAGGAUUACUAUAGACCGCCAGAUCAAAGUCCCCAACCGCGCCGACAUCCGGACUUCAUAAAAGACUCGCAGCCUUACCCAGGCUAUGCUGCGCGGCCUCAAAUUUAUGGUGGUUGGCAAGGCAACAACCCACAGUAUCGUCCCCAGUAUCCCACAUCGUCUGCACCACAAUCGUGGGGAAAUGCCCAACCUCGGAGCGCUGCUCCUCCUGGAGGUCCGCAUGGUCCGCACGGACAGCAGCAAACGGGUGUAUCUCAGUGGGAACAGCAUCGUUACCCACCUCAACAGCCUCCACCACCUCCGCAGCAGCAGCAACAACAGUCUUAUCAGCAGAGUACUCCGCCUGGACAACAACAACAGCAAACGGCGCCACAAUGGGCGCAAAUAAAUGCGGUUCAAGCGCCACCACAAGCAAGUAUUUCGCAACCGGGGUCAUCAUUGCGUCCUCCAGUUGGAGUUGCACAACAACAACGUAUGCCCAGUGGAGUGCCUGUAAUGACGCCACAACAACAGCAGGGGCAAACAGUACCUCAACCACCACAUGGAGGCGUACCAACAUCAAGUAUGCCGCCGGUGACAGGGGGCAUGGUAAAGCCGCCUUUUGCUAUGCCACCCCCAUCACAGUCUGGAGGCGCCUUACCGGGCGUGCCAAUAGUUGGUAGCGCACCAGCCACUAUGGUUGCACAAAAGCAAUCACCAAUAGUUGGACAGGGAAUGCAGCCUACGCAACAGCAGCCGGCACAUCAGUUGUCCAAUCAGCAAGCUGCCUAUUCCCCACAAGUAACUGGCGUAGGUGCACAGUUGGUGAAAAAGGAGUUAAUCUUCCCUCACGAUAGUGUAGAGUCAACUACGCCGGUGCUUUAUCGCCGAAAACGCCUGACGAAGGUUGACGUGUGCCCUGUCGAUCCAUGGCGAAUUUUUAUGGCCAUGCGUUCGGGUCUACUUACUGAGUGUACAUGGGCGUUAGAUGUCCUUAAUGUUCUUUUGUUUGACGAUUCCACAGUACAAUUCUUUGGCAUAUCAAAUUUGCCCGGUCUGUUAACCCUGCUGCUGGAACACUUUCAAAAGAAUCUCGCCGAAAUGUUUGAUGAACGUUGUGAAGAGGCGACAGACGAGGCAGAUGAUGAUGCUGACAGUGGUACUGUUGUAUCAUUGAAGAUUGAAGAUAAGCUGCAACGACGACAAAGCCGAUGUGUGCACAGCAUCUCCAGCUAUAACCGUAGAAGGCACUACGAAAACAUGGAUGUAAAGCGUGUUGGCCGCAGUGAAGACUCCGAUGAUGCUGACGAGGGCAUCGACUUGGGUCAGGUACGUGUUCAGCCUAAUCCUGAAGAGCGGUCGCUUCUCCUUUCGUUUACACCUAAUUACACUCUGGUCACGCGAAAGGGUGUACCUGUCCGCAUUCAAACGGCAGAUCAUGAUAUCUUUGUUGACGAGCGUCAAAAAGCUUGGGAUAUUGACACUAAUAAGGUUUAUGAGCAGCUCGAACCAGUAGGCAGUAAUGCUUGGACUUAUGGCUUCACGGAACCCGACCCACUUGAUGGCAUUAUCGACGUGUUUAAGUCAGAGAUUGUUAACAUUCCAUUUGCUCGAUUCGUACGCUCUAAAUAUAAGAGCAAGCAGGAUGUCGCACAGAAAAGUGGCAAAAUCAUGCGACCAGACAACAUUUCAUCUGUUCUUAAACAGGAGGACACUACAAGUAGUACCGAAGAUAGCAGUCUUCUUCAACAGACUUAUAAUAAGAAAAGGAGGCUUGUGGGCAGUAUUUGCACAGCCAGUAGUGACAACAAGAAGUCCAAAUCAGAAGAAGAGUUUGCACAACCAACUGUCGACGCUAAGAAAGAGAUGAACAUCGAAAUUGUGGGAGCCAGUUUAACAGACAGUGAUUGCCGAGCCAUUGAUAUGGAAAUCGAGUCACCGCGGCAGCUACGACUUACAAAUGGAGUCACCUCGCUACCAAAGGGAUUCGACCCGAAGUCAACAGUCCGCGAUGAUGCGCAAGUUUUAAAACGACGCCGCGACUCUAGCUACGAAGAUGAAUGCUAUACGCGGGACGAAGCCUCUUUGUACUUAGUAAAUGACAGUCAGGACUCAUUAGCACGUCGCUGUAUUGCUCUUUCAAAUAUCUUUCGAAAUUUGACUUUUGUACCCGGGAAUGAAACAGUGCUGGCUAAGUCAACGAGAUUUUUAGCAGUGCUCGGCCGCUUACUCUUGCUGAACCACGACCACUUGCGGCGGACCCCUAAAACUCGCAACUACGAUCGAGAAGAGGAUACAGACUUCACCGAUUCUUGCAGCUCACUUCAGGGUGAGCGCGAAUGGUGGUGGGAAUAUUUAAUAACCAUACGAGAAAAUAUGCUCGUAGCCAUGGCUAAUAUAGCUGGGCAUUUGGAACUUUCUCGUUAUGAUGAGUUAAUUGCACGCCCGCUUAUUGACGGAUUACUACACUGGGCGGUGUGUCCCAGUGCGCAUGGCCAAGACCCAUUUCCAUCUUGUGGCCCGAACUCUGCGCUCUCACCGCAACGCCUUGCCCUAGAAGCGCUAUGUAAGUUAUGUGUAACAGAUGCGAAUGUUGACUUGGUUAUCGCGACCCCUCCAUUUUCACGAUUGGAGAAACUAUGCGCGGUUCUGACGCGUCAUUUGUGCAAGAACGAGGAUCAAGUGUUGCGCGAGUUUUCUGUAAACUUGCUGCACUAUCUGGCUGCAGCAGAUAGUGCCAUGGCUCGCACCGUAGCACUACAGUCGCCUUGCAUCUCUUAUCUUGUUGCAUUUAUUGAACAAGCUGAACAAACCGCCUUGGGUGUCGCAAAUCAGCAUGGCAUCAACUAUCUGCGAGAAAAUCCCGACUCAAUGGGUACAAGCUUAGAUAUGUUACGACGAGCAGCAGGCACGUUGCUACAUUUGGCCAAGCAUCCGGAUAAUCGAUCACUGUUUAUGCAGCAGGAGCAGCGGUUGCUUGGGUUGGUAAUGUCACAUAUUUUGGAUCAACAGGUAGCACUGAUUAUAUCGCGAGUGCUUUACCAGGUAUCUCGCGGGACCGGACCAUUACAUUCAGUUGAGUACAGAUUGUUGCAGCAACGUCAACAGCAACAACGGCCCAUCCAGACGCCGUCUGAAAAGCUAACUGCGCAAAUAGCGACCAAUAAUGUAAAACAAGAGCCCUCCUUGCAGCCAGAUGUGUCUGCAGAUGCUAAGCCUUCAACUGCUGUUGUCAUGACAGCUGUGAUCAACGAUGAUAACAGCAAUAGCAGUCAACAAUUGCCACCAGCGGCAACAUUUAAUGAUGUCAGUAACAGUAGUACCAACAGUAAUAGCUGCGGCACCGUCAGCAGCAAUCAGACCAAUAGCAGUAGCUUGGGUAGCAGUAGUCAGCCUACUCUAAACAACUUGGUGACACCUAGCGAACAACAAGUGGGUAAAUCUCCUUCCGCUUCGGCUUCCGCUAUGUCAUCUAACAAUUUAGGUCACAUAAACGACUCCGCUUCAUCGUCGAAUUCAACUCCUCCAUCAACUGUGACCCAACCGACUGCGCCGCCGUCAGCAAAUACGAAUACAACAGCUGCAGUUGCGUAGUAUACAACAAUUUUACCGGCAGCGUCUUACUAUUGGCAACAUGCUAGUGCUGUCGAAGGAAUUUGCAAAAGAAACUAAACGUAUUGAGCGAACACACACAUUAUACAAUUAUAUUGCUAGAACUUGAGAAUGCGAUUUGUAUUCCCUUAAAACUGUUUAAUCAAAUACUGUAAAUCAACUGAAUGGGAUAUAAAACGAUGUGCGUAAUGAGAAGAGAAUUUUGUUUUAAAAGCAUAGCCAGAAACCGUGUAAGUUUAAAGUAAAAUACGGAAAACUUGGAACAGCUUCAAACACAACACCAUGACCACUCAACUACUAUGGUCACACAAUAACUGUAUAUUUUUUCACUCAAAUCUAUAGUUAAUAUAAAGUCAAAAAUGGUCUGGCGUUAUAAUAGCCCCUUUCAAAUUUUAGCAAUGAAUUUUCAACGUCAAACUUAAGGCAGAAGGUUUAAUUGCAUAUAUAUGCAUGCGUAAAAGUUAAGCACACAAUAUACUUAUGUAUUAAAUUUAAUAAA